AUUGCACGUAUUGUGUGCAGUUAUCUAUCCACUGGGUGGGAGUUGGGUUGGGUGGCCACCCUCCUCCCCUCACUGCUCGCCAAGAUAAGAGCUGAAAAACCACAAAUGUUUCAGAAAACACCCGAUCCACCCUCAACUUGUUCACCACAGAAACUUGUUGUACAGACGAGAGUAGGUGAAAUUACAUUCAAUAUUCAAGAAAGUCUGCAUGACAAUGUCUUUGAGUGAUAAGCAACCGACAGAGAACGAGAGUCUAAAACGGAGCAGAGAGAAGCAAAAGAAGGAAGAUGCCUGGAAACCAGAUGGACCCAAGGACCUUUUUUCUAUGCUGGACUCUCUUCCUGAGUCGAAGCAGCAGGAGAUCCAGAAAGCCCUCCACCUCUUCUCCUUGGGCCCAACUCUGCCCAAGACCCUGCAGCAGGCCAAAAAACACACGUACCGCUUCUGGGAAACACAGCCUGUCCCCAGACUGGGUGACAGUGUUGAGACUCAUGGUCCAAUAGUAGAGGGUGAAGCCAGUGUGCGUAUGGAGCCCUACUCUCUACCUCAAGGUUUCUCCUGGGACACUUUGGACCUGAGCAACCCCUCUGUGUUGAAAGAGAUAUGCACUCUGCUCAAUGAGAACUACAUGGAGGAGGAUGACAACACUAUGAGAUUUGAGUUCUCUUCGGUUUACCUACAAUGGGCUUUACAACCUCCUAACUGGCUGGCUCAGUGGCACUGCGGUGUGCGAGUAGACUCAAAUAAAAAGUUAGUCGGCUUCAUUGCUGCUCUUCCCGCAGAUGUCCGCAUUUAUGAGACGGACAAGCGGAUGGUGCAGGUCAAAUUUCUGUGUGUUCAUAAGAAGCUGCGCCUCAAGCGGAUGACUCCUGUUCUGAUCCGAGAGCUCACCAGACGAGUCAACCAGCAGGGGGUCUUCCAGGCUGUCUACACAGCUGCCUUAGUGCUACCCACACCCCUGAGCUCCUGCAGGUACUGGCAUCGCCCUCUGAAUCUCCGAAAGCUGAUGGAGCUGAGCUACCCCGGUCUGAAGCAGAACUUGAGCCUGCAGAGAGCUGUGAAGUUCAACCGUCUGCCUGAUGUGACAAAGACCCCAGGUCUGCGCCGUAUGACUGAGGAAGAUGCUGCGGGGGUUCACUCUCUGCUGCAGGCUAACCUCGGCAAGUUCCACCUCAGCCCCAUGUUGUCUUUACGGGAAGUAGAGCACUGGCUGUUGCCGAGGGAGAAUGUGAUCGACACCUAUGUUGUACAGGGUGAUGACGGCACACUGACCGACAUGGUGAGUUUCUACAGUGUCUCCUACAGGGUGCUGAAUCAUCCUGUGCACACUGACCUGAGAUCAGCUCAUCUCCUUUACGUUACCUCGACCGCCACAGACCCGGUCGACCUCAUGGAGGACACGCUGGUCCUGGCUCAAACUAAACGUUUUGACAUCUUCUUUGCUCUCAAUGUGAUGGAUAACCAGAGUUUCCUGGAGAACCUCAAGUUCAGCAUCAGUGACAAGAGCCUUCAUUACUACUUGUACAACUGGAUGUGUCCUACUAUGAGCCCAGACAAGGUGGGCUUGGUGUUGCCCAACUAACCUGCCACUAAAAGGAGACAGAGUGAAGAAGAUGAAUGGAACACAGUGAUUUGCAGGAAAUUGGGAAUCAAACUGCAUGCCCAGCAUUGAUGACGUUUAAAAUGUUAACAGAGAAACUGUAAAACUGAAACACAGUCAAUAAAAUUAAAAUAAUUCCAUUUGUUUUCAUCACCCGGAUGUCAGCAAUUUACUGGGUUCAGUGUUAUUGUGACAGGAACUUCUGCGUGCAUGCCACCUAAUAUCAAAGCUACCAAUACACUGAUUUGAUUAAAGAACAAGGUCAUUUAUCAUUCUCACGUAAUGCACAUAUAAGAUUACAAACUGCCAGACGUCAACGCAAUCAUCUUAAGCCACAUUAAACAUCAUGUGAAACAAAAAUCAAUAUGCAUGCUUUUGAAAAAUCAGAAAGCAUGUUUUUAAAAGUGUAACCCUUACACGCAUUAUAAAAAAGCUACCAAGACAAGAUGCUUUAGUAUUUAAUGCUCUUACAAAUAUAACAUCUGUCUCUUCCAAGUCAGCUUGUCACUCUGUCUUUGUGUAACUUUACAUGGAGAAGAAGAAGAAAGCUGAUCUAUUCACAUAAUUUCAGAGUAUCAUGCUUAUUUCUGACUGAACCCAUUUUAGCGUAUUUCUCUAGUAACAAUAUUAUCAUUGUUACUACAGAAAGAGUAAUUUUUACUAUUCAGCAGGAACUGAUUACUAGCCAUAAAUCCUCGAGGUACAAACGUUGUCUAAAUACAAACAGCAGGGGGCAUUGCGACCUUAACAUUAUUGCGAUCCUUUUUAAUGGUGUUGAUAAACAACAACAGAUGGAAUGUAGAUGUGGGUUUUCUCCGGAAGUUUUUCCUUGUACGAUGUGAGGGUCUAAGGACAGAAGGUGUCGUAUUGUCAUACUGAUAUUCUGUACAAACUGUGAAGUCCACUGAGACAAAUAUAACAUUUGUGAUAUUGGGCUAUAUAAAUAAACAUUGAUUGAUUGAUUGAUCACCUGCUUUGCAUGUUAUUGAUGCGUUUGAUAAUCACAAACAUAAAUCCAGUGUGUGUUAGACAGAGAGCAAAUAAAGCCAUAGAAAGAUAGAUAACAGGUUUAUUAACAAAUCUACAUUUACGAUGCUUUCAAGGGCUGUUGAAAUAAAUCCUGCUACUACGAAUAGCCUGCAAGUCAAGCUAACACAACUAGAAUCGUGUUAUUGUACAUGUAGCUCUCGUGUAGAUGAUGCAAAACGAAAAUGUUACUGUCGAUCAGUAGUGCCCACUGCCCACCCAGAUUGUCCUUCGCCCUAGAUGGUACAAAGAUAAAUUUAAGGGGUCAAACAUUCUUCAUGUGGAAAUAAAGAAGAAAAAAUGAAAUCAA